AUGGCUGAAGUGUUGAUACCGGAUCAGCCUGUUGAACCGCGCGUGGUCCGCCGAAACCGGCCGGGUUCGAAACGCUCCGAGUGGUGCAAAUGGCCCGAUCAGCAGUUUAAUCAAAUCGAAUCAAUCCACGCGCAGCAGAUGCUCAUACAGCAGCGCAUUCGCAAUAAUAAAAACAAUGUCGAGUUUAUUCUUACGCCGCCAGAAGGAGCGGAUGAAGAUGUUUGGAAAUACGAGCACUUGCGUCAGUUUUGCCAGGAACUCAACGGACUAGCCACGCGAUUACAGGCUGAAUGUUCGCCGGAAACUUGCAACCAGAUGACUGCUACUGAUCAAUGGAUCUUUCUGUGUGCCGCGCAUAAGUCCCCUAAAGAAUGCCCCGCCAUUGACUACACCCGUCACACCCUUGACGGUGCCGCUCUUCUUCUCAACUCAUCCAAAUACUUUCCCUCGCGAGUUAGUAUGAAGCAAACUUCUGUCGCGAAAUUAGGCUCUAUCUCUCGGCGAAUUUAUCGAAUCUUCUCUCAUGCUUUCUAUCAUCACAAGCCAAUUUUCCUGGAUUUCGAGAACCAAACGCAACUUUGCCGACGAUUCAGCAAGUUCGUAUUGACUUACAAUCUCAUGCCAGCCGAAACUCUCAUCGUCCCUGUUGACUCUCUCGAAGCUGGACUUCCUACUGAAGCUGCUGUUGAAAAAGCCCCGGAAUUUGAAGGCUACGCUACUGCAACAAUCGCCCGAGCAACGGAGCCUGUAAAAGGCGAAGGAGGGGCUGAACCUAAUCUUGAAUCACCGUCUAGCUCCGUCAUCUUGGACUCCGGAAGCUCUGGAAUUUCACUUAUCACCCCAGCGGAAGAGGCCUCGGUUGAAAAUUCCAUCGGGGAGUUGUCCCUCGACGACACCGCCACCAACUCCGGUGAGCAGACCGUCAUCGAAAGCGAAGACGUUUCCACUGCAUAA